AGUAAAUCCUGGAAUUACAAAUUUCUGGUAAUCUUCCUGCUCGAACUCAAAAUUUUUAGAGCAGAAGCCGCCAAAAUUUUUGGAGCUCGGUUUGAAUGAAUGGCCCUGUUGAGAGCUUUCUCCCCCUCUUCUCUGCUUAGUCACUCGGUGCGAUUAAUGGCAAAUCCCUGUUUUCUGGCUCACUCUCACACCUGCGCUCCUUUUCUCUCUCCCUCUUUCGCUGAUUCCCGUCCGUCCCUUCUUCUUACCAACUUCAGGAGAAAUGCUAGCUUCAGAUGGCAUCUAAAUAGAGAUUUACUUAGCAGUGUUCGAUGUACUAAAUCUUUAAUGUCAUCAAGCAUUGCCAUGGAAGCUUUUAAAGAAGAAACUGGCUCAAAAGAUUAUGGUUUCGAACAAAUUCAGAUGUUGCAAGGUUUAGAUCCUGUUAGAAAAAGGCCUGGAAUGUAUAUCGGAAGCACUGGUCCUCGUGGACUGCAUCAUCUGAAUUGUAUCAAUUCCGUCCCAGUUGGAAUCUCCCCAUUCUCGCAUUUGUUCACCAUCCUCAUCAAUUCGGCUAGUUUUUCUAAAUCAAUAGAAACUCAAUCCUCUCAUUCUGUAGUGGACCAAAGGAUUUUGAAUGAAAUAAUUUCUAAAAUGGAGGAGUCACUGUCUGCUGGAUAUGAAAUAUGUCAUGCAUACACUCAUAAACUAUGCAGUAAUGGAAAUUUUCAUGGUGCUGCUAUGCUAAUGCAGUCUUUGCAUGAGAAAAAUAUUUUCCUUGGCCCAUGUGCAUACAAUUGCCUCAUCAAAGCAGCUGGUGAGCAGAAUGAUGUAAAUAUUGUUUGUCAAAGUUUCAAGCAUUUGUUGGGGUCAUGUGAAUCAAUCGAUUCAACUUCCUAUCACAUCCUCGCCAAAGUAUUUAUAAUGAAAGGUGAUGAUGCAAGCUUACUUAGAUUUUGUAGAGAAGUCUGUGACCUAAUACCUCAAAGAAAUGUGACAACUAUGAACAGGAUUAUCUAUGCCUUUGCGAAGCAUAGACAGGUGGAAAAGGCUAUGCUGGUUUUUGGUCAAAUGAAAACAUCAAACUGCAAACCAGAUUUGGUCACUUAUAAUACUGUUUUAUAUAUUCUUUGUCAGACGGGUAGAAUAGAUGAAAUGCUCCAUGUGUAUGCAUCCAUGAAGGAGGAAAAUCUUGUUCCAGAUAUAAUUUCUUUCAACACUCUAAUAAAUGGGUUCCGGAAGGUAGGCAGAGUAGAGUUAUGUGUACUUUAUUUCAAGGAAAUGCUUGAGAAGGGAAUUGAACCGGAUUUGCAAACAUAUAUUGCAUUGAUCGAUACCUUCAGCAGAUCAGGGAAUAUUGAGGAAUCAUUGAGACUUUUCAAUGAGAUGAAACACAAUGGGAUCUCCCCAUCUAUUCAAAUUUACCAACUGCUAAUUAGUAAUCUAAAAAAGAACGGAAAGUUGAAGUUAGCUGAAUCUUUCUCACAAGAGAUGAAAGCAUCACUUUCUGGUCUGCGUGAUCCAAGAGAUUUUAGAAGGAAAAAGACAGUUUCUGUGAACACUUCAAAUUUGGAUUCUAAUUGGAGUUACACUCCACCUGCAACUUUUGAUGCUUCCUCUCCUAGAUCCACUUAACCGUGACACUGAAAUUAACAAGUUUCCUGCUAAUCAACUAUUGAUUAAUUUAGUUUAGUUUAGUUCAGUUUAGACUCAACUAUGUAAUUGUUUUGUGUUUCUUUUGGUUGUAAGCAGAAGUACUUAUGUAACACUUGGUCAAAAUUUUAAAUAUUUU